CUAGUUAACAAUCCCAAAAACAUAGUGACUUCCGGCAAUGUAGAGAAGAAGGAAUUCAAGAAAACACCGAUCACGCCAGAAAUGGCCGCAGACUCGCCAACGCUAACGCCGACGCCUGCGACAACAACGAGGAGCAACGGCUCAUGCAGCGAUGCCUCUCUCUCAUCGGAAUUAGAGGCACUAUUGCCACCCGUGGACCAUUUUAAAGAAGAGGAACGGACUCAAUGGGAGCCCUUGUCUGCUGAAAAAUUCUCUCGACAGAAAAAUACACCUCGAUUUGAAGCAUAUAUGAUGACUGGCGACCUGAUGCUAAAUCUCUCCCGCACGCAACAGAGCAGUAAUCUGCUACCUAAGCAGCAUCAACAGCGAAAGGUGGACUCCCUUAGGUACAAUCCUAAUCAUCAGCACACCACUACCACCAUCACCACCACUAGUGCCCAUCACAAUCAUAAUCAUCAUCACCAUCAUCAUCAUCACAACUCGAUGCCCAGUAGUCCCAAUGAGACCCAGAUGGCCCAUCAGCAUCAUCACCAUAGAGGAGGCGUCUACAAAGCUUCCAGUUCGGCUAGUACAUCACCUGUAGGCGCUGCCAGACGUGACGGAGUACAAGGUACCUCGGGAGCCCUAGUCCAGGUCGAUCCGAGCAAGAAUACCCCUUCAAGCUUCGGUUUCGUACGUACUUCGCGAUCCGAGGACCAUCUGCAAUUCCAGAAAGAUCCUUCGAUGAGUGCCGUGGAUAUUGAUAUCGAUGAUGAUGUCACCUCGAGCCUGAACACACUAUUGGAUCCACGGCCAGAAGGCCUAAUGCCAAACGAGCGAAUCGUCUGGACUUACAACGCGCCUGUUAGCUCACCGGCCGCUUCCUGCUGCCAAAAUGGCGGUUCUUCAUCUUCGUCUUCGUCCUCAUCAUCCUCUUCAACGAGCCCUCAGCGUUCUCUGUCCCCCGCUUCCCCCACCUCCGUCUCAUCCUCCGUCAUGUCCUCCAACUCUGGUUCCCGCAGGUUUCCUCCGGUCCAAACUGUUCCUGGGGUUUCCAACGCCCCGGGAGGUCAUCUCCCUGCUAACGGCGAUUUCAGUCAAUCGGAGGCUAUCAGCAAUAUAUCCAGUCCAGAUUACAACGACGAAGAAACGAUGGAUAUUCUCAGUGCAAGGGAUAUUAUGAUGGUAAGCGAUCCUAGCGACAGCGAUUCUACCAUUUUGGCGAGUGAACCGCCCCAGAGAAGACUGAAGACUAAUCCUCAAGAGACUGGAGAACAUAGAAUCGUGAUUCAAGUAAAGGGGCCUGAUAAGGAGAGUCCAAGAAACACGAGUCCGAGACAGACAAGGAGAAGAGGAAAUCCCGUAGGAGAAUUAGUGCCACCUGCUACAUCUCAAAAUUUGCAGAGAAAUCAACCUGGAAUUCCAGGGGUUCCUGGAAUCAUUCCAGGUUCAGUAACACCUGAAUGCGUAGGUUAUCAGGAAUUGAAGGAGAGCGAAGAUGAGAGAGAAGCUCUGACCAUUGGAAUAUGCGACGAGCAAAAAGGAAGUGGCACAUCACCACCACAGUCAGCGGACGAAGAGAGCGAUAUCGAGAGUUUGCACAGUUUCCACUACAGUCCGAAAGCGGUGGAUUUGCCUUCCGCAGUUCGACUGGCCAAACGUCUUUAUUCCUUAGACGGCUUCAAGAAGUCCGACGUCUCUAGACAUCUAAGCAAAAACAACGACUUUAGUAAAGCUGUAGCGGAAGAAUAUCUGCGUUAUUUCAGCUUCGAACAAGAUACAUUAGAUGUGGCUCUUAGAAAAUUUCUCGCUCAAUUCUGUUUAACGGGAGAGACUCAAGAAAGAGAGAGAGUCUUAGUACAUUUUUCCAAAAGAUAUUUGGAUUGUAAUCCCGGUAGUUUCAAUUCUCAAGAUGCGGUCCACACAUUGACUUGCGCAAUAAUGUUACUUAACACAGACUUACAUGGUCAGAAUAUCGGCAGAAAAAUGUCGUGCUCAGAAUUUAUUGAGAAUCUAUCGGAACUCAAUGACGGCGAUAAUUUUCCACGCGAGGUCCUUAAGCAACUUUACAAUGCUAUCAAGUCCUUCCCCCUCGAAUGGGCUCUGGACGAAGAAGGAGAUGAAGUGACGAAUCAAGCUAUCCAGCAGGGUGAUGGUACGACUGCGAUUGCCGGUACUGGGAAUCCGUUUCUCGAUGUGCCAAAUAUUACGGGCGCUACGGAAUUCAAAAAGGGUUACGUUAUGCGUAAAUGUUGUUAUGAUUCCAAUGGCAAAAAAACUCCAUUCGGUAAACGUGGGUGGAAGAUGUAUUAUUGCACAUUACGCGAGCUUGUGCUAUACUUGCACAAGGAUGAGCAUGGUUUCCGUAACGACAGCUUGCAUAAUGCUAUACGUAUUCAUCAUGCAUUGGCUACCAAGGCAACCGAUUAUACAAAGAAACAGCAUGUUUUCCGGCUGCAAACUGCUGACCAAGCUGAAUAUCUCUUUCAGACGAGCGAUUCGAAGGAACUGCAAUCAUGGAUCGAUACUAUUAAUUUCGUGUGCGCCAGUUUUUCAUGUCAGCCUCUUGCAGGCGCCGUCGGAUCUCAACGCAAAUUCCAGCGUCCAUUGCUGCCGUGUAGUCAUACCAAAUUAAAUUCCAGAGAACAGUUGCGGGACCAUGAAGACAGAGUCAACAGGUUAGAAACGGAAUUGGAUGAGCACAGACGACAUCCUCCAGAAAGAGGUGCCAAGGCUCUCACUGUACAAAAUUAUAAAGAGAAGGACGCAUAUUUGCAUCAUGAGCUAAAGCGGUAUAAGACAUAUGCCUAUCUCCUUCGUUCCCGACUGGCAUUCAGUGAGAUGGAAUCAUCGCUUGUUGAGAGUAGCAUUGGCGAGGUAGAUGAGGGUACACCACUUGGACCUACUGGAGCUGUAGGAAAUGCGGAAGGAGCUUUGGUACCACCGCCAGUACCAGAACGACCAGCCGCAACUAAUAGAGUUGACCUGACAGCAACGUAAACGUAAGGAUCCAGCAAGAUUAUUACAUCCAGCUUUCAGGAUGUUACUUCAGGACAUCUUUCUGUCGCGCAAAUACACAAUUUGUUGUUGAUGAAAUCGAAUUUUCAAAUACAAUUAUUAAGAGAAAUUAUGAUAUAUUUAGGGAAGAAUGAAGAUUGUGUUGGCUGUGUCCGUUAAAUUUAUUAGUUUAAUAGUUAAUCAUAAAAUAUUAUAAUUUAUAAGAAUUAUGUAAUUCUUUCUCUCUCGCUGUUCAUAGAUCGUAAUAAUUUAUUAUAUUACGAUGUUUUACAUUGUAAGCUUUUUCAUGUUCCACAUUAUAUUUAUUUAAACGUUAAUCUUCUUCUAUGUUAAAUAUACAGAUGAAAUAUACAG